CCUCCCCGUUCUCGAAUCUCCGCCUGCGACAAUAAUUUCAAUGCACAAGCGGGUGAGCGCCUUCCUUCAGCCUGGUCAACGGGUGCGCUGCUAAAAAUAAUGUGAUCGACGACGCUGGCGGAAGCGAGGAGGACCGUAAAGCAUGGAGGAGUGAGCGCCGGGUAUAAAGCCUCGGAUCUCCCCAGCACAUCUGCGCAUGUCGCCUCGCGCACUUCGAAUCUCCAACUGCUCGACUUAAACCACGACCAUACUGUGGGAGGACAACAGAAUGGUCUCCGCCGACCUCAUCAACGCGGUCCUCACGCAGGCCGUCCGCGUCGCCACGCACUCCUGGGAAUACGGCACCGUGGCCGAAGCCCUGCUCGAAUGGGACACGCCGCAGCUGUCCAUCUGGAAUGACCCUUUCCCAAACGGCCAGGUACCGACAUUGAUUGUGGAUGAUGUAAGCGCGUUGAGCUACAUCAAGCCGCAUAUCCGAACGGACAAUGUCACGCUCGUCGAUGGCGAUGGGUCCGCAGGCGACCCCGCCGCCGAAGGUAUCCCCGCGCUCCUCAUCGGAAAGUCCGACGAGGCCUACUGGGAUGCCGCCCUCCGCCAAUCCAACCACCUCCUCACAUCCGUCCCCCGCUGGUCCAACGGCGCCAUCUCCCACCGCGAAGCCGUCCCCGAGCUCUGGGCCGACUUCGUCUACAUGGUACCCCCCUUCCUCGCUUACACCGGCGUCGCAACCUCCAACGUCACCCUCCUCAAGGAAGCCGCACUGCAGGCGAAACUGUACCGCGAUGUGCUGAUCCAGCCGGCGAGCGUCUGGAUGCACAUCACGGGCCCGCAGGUGCAAGACUACGAGCUAUGGAGCACGGGGAACGGGUGGGCGGCGGCAGGGAUGGCGCGGGUGCUGGCGACGCUGAAGAAGGGGCCGUAUGCGGCAGAUACGCUCGACGAGCAGGCCUCCCUCACUUCUUUGAUCAAAGAGAUCUUGGACGGCGUAAGGGCGCUGGAUACGGAUGAGUCGGGGCUCCUGCGGAACUAUCUCAAUCAGACAUCGUGGUUUGGCGAGAUCUCUGGCACCAGCGUCCUCGCUGCUACGGCGUUGCGGGUUGCCGUGUUGGAGCCGGACACGUUUGGGAGCGAGUAUACGGAGUGGGCCGUGGAGAAGAUGGAGGUUGUGGAUGGACAUAUUAAUGCCGAGGAGGGGGAUAACAAGGGGAUUGUUUCGCCGGCGGUCAACCCGUUGAACUGGUGGGAUACGGCACCGUACACGACGGGAAGUCCCGAGGGGCAGAGCUUCGUGGUGCUGCUGCAUGCCGCGUAUCGGGACUGGCAGGAAGGACAGCGGAGGAAGUGAGGUGACUCGCGAAUUCAUAACGGCUGUUUCUAGUCAGUAUUAUAGACUUUGUGUU